UCAUAUUUGGGCCUCAUAAAAAUAAGCCUUUUAAUAUCUAUAGAAAGGCGUGCUUCGUUCCGAGUCAACUCACUGGCUUCCCUCUUCACCUCCAACAUAACUCGUUUUCCAGUCUCAAUUUUCCCGGAAAAGCAGCUGAUCUCACUCAUGGAAGAGAACAACAACAACGCCGGGAGCGACUCAGACUCUAACUCCGUCGAAGAGUGGCAAGACUAUUACGAACCGAUCUCAGCCGUCGAUCUAGACGGCGGAGAUAACAAUGAUGAAGAAAGUUAUCUUCCGAUCAAUGGAGAUAAAUUCAGCAACGGCCUCUCUAACGGCCAUUGUAUGAUCCAAGAAGCAGUGGACGGAGUCUCUUCUAUCAGUAUUAACGGAAACGCAGAGGCCAAGAGCGAUACCGAAGAAGAGACGGAGACGGUGACGCCAGAUUCGGAGAUCCGUACGGCGUUUGAGGAAGACGAGCGGCGUAGAAGGUCGCCGUUGUUGGUGGAGAACGCGGCUAGGGUUAUGGAGGCAAUGCGUGCCAUCUCGUUCCCUGGAACGGCUCCUGAUUGGGCCUCCGAUGUUAAUGAGGACCGUUGGGUUGAUCAGCUUCGACGAUUGAGAUCCACUUCUCAGUAACUAAAAACAGUAUUGUUCAAAUCUCGAGUAGUUUAUUUUCGUUCAAGUGGUUUAAGAUCUUUCUCAGUAUGGUUCAACAUUUGAAUACCAUUUGAUUCUGAUGUUUCUGUUGAUUCACUACGGUAGAUAGAUAGAGUUUAAAGUUUGGUAUCGCUCAGCUGCAUCUGUGUCACUGAUCUGAGUUUUGUCUGAAACUUCUGUUGGAUCAAUGCAUAGAGUUGAACGUUUAAAUC